AUGGUAUUGGAAAAGAUAUAUGUUGCAAGACAUGGCUACAGGGCCAAUUGGCUGCCCCCACCACAUGCACCAAACCCUACUGGGAUAGACAGCGAUCCUCCAUUGGCACCAUAUGGAGUUGAGCAAGCCAAAGAGCUGGCAAAUUUUAUUGUGAAUUCGCCCCUAGUGGACCCAAAGCCAGAGCUGAUUUUUUCGAGUCCGUUUUAUAGAUGCGUGGAGACUUCUACCCCUCUGGCUAACGCGAUAGAUGUGCCCAUUUUCGUUGAACGAGGAAUUGGAGAAUGGUAUAAAAAGGACAGGGGUGUGAUCCCCGAGCCAGCAUCAUUAGAGCUGCUCAAGACGUUUUUCGGACGUGUUUCUGCCGAUUGGGACCCAAAGACUGUGGUUCCUUCUCUAGAAGGCGAGGACGAAUCCGACAUCUUUGCGCGCUGCCAGGAAUUCUUCCCAAAGUUUUUGUCCAAGUUUGAAGCUGCAUACCCACAAGUUAAAACUGUGAUGUUUGUGACACAUGCUGCCACUAAGAUCGCUCUUGGAAUGGCGAUCUUGAAAUACACAGGCGUGCGUGAGCUUCUGCGCAAAGAGCACGGUGGAGAUGGAAAGACCGUCGUCUUGAGGGCAGGAACAUGUUCCUUAGACUCGUACUCCAGAAAUGGUGAUUCCUGGAGCCUUGGAUUCAACGGAGAAACGAGCUUUUUGGAGAAGGGUGAGGAGAUGAACUGGCAUUUCUGUGAGUUAUUUUUGAAACUUUUGAGGUCUCUAGUUGAGAUUUAUGCUUUUGGCGUGACCACUAACCUUUUGCCUAUUUUAGCCGACACUUAUGAAGCAGGUUCAGACGAAGAUAUAGCCGAGAGGGCCAGACUGGCUGCGGCUGCAGCUGCCGCAAAAUCCGAAUCCGUUGACGUCGAUGACAAAGCCGGAGACUUCCUGGAGAGUGAGGAGGAGCUUGAGGUGAGUGCUUGUUAG